UGCGCGCAGCCCAGUGUCGGGAGCGCAGCGCAGUGCCGGCCGCAGCGCUGGGAGCUGCUGGAGCGCGGUGCCCCCGGCCUGGCCCGGCGCGGCCAGCAUGGAGCCCCCGGUCCUGGGCGUCGUGGUGCCACUGCUCGGCUGGCUCCUCUCCCCGGUGUCCAGCACACGACCAGAGUGCAGCAUCAUGCAGGAGAUUGAAGAGGAGCGCAGCCAGUGCUUGGCAGACCUUAUUGGGGAUAACCAGACUUCAGGUUGCAGAAGGCAAUGGGACAACAUCACGUGCUGGCCUGAAGCGGAGGUGGGAGAAGUUGUGGUACGGCCAUGCCCAAAGUACUUCAGAUUCCUCACGACUUUUCUUGGAAACGUGACCAGGAAUUGUACAAGCCAGGGCUGGACAGAUGUGUACCCUGCGCCAUAUGCCAUAGCUUGUGGAUAUGAUUCCAACAGCACUCCAGGGGAAGAGCAAACGGCAUUCUAUGGCACUGUCAAGACCGGCUACACCAUUGGACAUACCUUAUCGCUCAUUGCUCUCACAGCUGCUAUGAUCAUUUUAUGUCUCUUCAGAAAGCUACACUGUACUCGAAAUUAUAUUCAUAUGCACCUCUUCAUGUCCUUUAUAAUGAGAGCCAUCGCAGUCUUCAUAAAAGAUGUCAUCCUAUUUGAAAGUGGAGAAUCUGAACACUGCUUUGUGAGUUCAGUAGGCUGCAAAGCCAUGAUGGUUUUCUUCCAGUACUGCGUCAUGGCCAACUUCUUCUGGCUCCUGGUGGAGGGGCUGUAUCUUCACACCCUGUUGGUCAUCUCCUUCUUUUCAGAGAGGAAGUACUUUUGGUGGUACAUCUUGAUUGGCUGGGGUGCCCCCUCCGUGUUCAUCACUGCUUGGACAAUUGUCAGGAUUUACUUUUUCGAUGUUGGGUGCUGGGAGGAAAUAGUGGAAUCCCCAUUCUGGUGGAUCAUUAAAACUCCUAUUUUGGUGUCUAUUUUGGUGAACUUCAUUCUCUUCAUUUGCAUCAUCCGUAUCCUAGUCCAGAAGCUGCAUUCCCCAGAUGUUGGACACAAUGAGACCAGCCAAUACUCGAGGCUGGCCAAGUCCACCUUGCUGCUGAUCCCUCUCUUUGGCAUUCACUACAUCAUGUUUGCUUUCUUCCCUGACAAUUUCAAAGCAGAAGUUAAGCUGGUGUUUGAGCUCGUGGUUGGGUCAUUCCAGGGAUUUGUGGUGGCUGUUCUGUACUGUUUUCUCAACGGAGAGGUCCAAGCUGAGCUCAAGCGAAAGUGGCGGAGGUGGCAUCUGGAGCGGUUCCUGGGCUCAGACAUGAAGUAUCACCACCCUUCCCUAGGCAGCAAUGGCACCAACUUCAGCACCCAGAUCUCCAUGCUGACCAAGUGCUCACCAAAGACACGCCGGUGCUCUGGCUUUCAGGCCGAAUUCUCUCUGGUGUGAUGGAGAGAUCCUCUCCAAGAACUGAGCAUCCAAGUGACAAACAAAGGCAGAAGAAUCACCCAGAAAUCAGUGAUACGAUGACAAAUCCUAGUGAAUUGACAUGCUCCACAUGAGCCAACAGAGGACACAAAACUGGAAGAGCCACUGGCAUCCAGAACAAGAUCAGACAAGCCAGGAGGGAGAGAAAUACUGUUCCUUUCCCUCUUUUCAGACCUUUCACUCUUAAGUUUCAAGUCCUCAGGGUUGAUAACUAUAAGUAAAGGUCCCAGCAACCUGAGGAGAGCCUGGGAGAUCCUGAACUGUCAUAAACAAUGAAGUAUGGGUUGUAAGGGAGGGGAGAGCCUGAGUCCUUGGUGGCUUUACCAGAACUGGCAUCUCUGAAACAGAUAAAUUGCACUUUUUAAAAAAUGAGCCAGUAAAGGAGAGAAGGAGGCAAGAAUCAGGGGCGGGGGGGAAGCCAAACAUACGAAUGUUCCAAAAGUCCCGUUGAUAAGAGGUGGAGAUAAGGUACUGGAAACAGAGUCAGAGACAUGGGGAGAAGGAAGAAACAGGAGGAACAUGAGCAGGAAUGGGAGAGGCCAGUGCACAAUGCUUGCCUCUGGAUUGUACACAUGUAAACAUGAAGCUGCAGCACCAGGAAAGCCCCUCAGAGGAUGCCACAGUGCUGCAGUGUGUGUUCUGCUAAUUGCCCACCAUUCUUCUUAGCAAAAGCUCUCUAAGCACCCUUGGGUGCCCUCUGGAAAAAGCAGGUCGCUGAGAAGGAGCAGAGUGAAUGCCCUUCUCUGCACUACAUUCAUGACAUCGUGUUUUGUUUGGUUGUUUUCAAUGAACAGGAAACUCAAUUUGCAUAUAUAAAAUCCAGGUACAGAUACCAGAAGCAGAGCACGGCUGCGUUUUUCAUUCUUUUGGAGUUCACCCAUAGAUCUUGGUGCAUUAACACACCCAGGGUCACAAGGGAUCAGGGGAAAACAAUUGGUCUGUAAUUCAUUUGCACUUGCUUACCACACACUGCCAGGGAAGGGAGAUGUAGAACCCUGUAAUCCUUAAUUGAAUCAGACCUGCCGCUCUCCAGAUGAAAAUAUUAGCAUCACAGCAGCAAACAAAAUUGCUUUCAUCAGAGCAAGUUCGUCUCAGCACAUAACUGGCACUCCGGGAGUCAGGAAGGAGUGAAGGAGCUAUUAAAUUGAUUUCUUCUUUGGCUUUUGAGGGGAGCUUUCAUCCUGUGAUGAAGGUAUUGUUAGAUCUUUAAGACGUGCAUGUGUGUUUUGCCUCUCUUCUGGAGGCCAAUUAAUGUCCCUAUAGGGGCAAUCCCUGUUUGAAGAACGUGCAUGGACCUGUUGAAACCAAGGGAAUAGUUAUUUUUCAGUUUUUCUUUUCUUGGUGGAGGGGCGAAGGAGAGACAUUGCAUUUGAGACAACCCCCACAAUCCCAAACCCAGUCAGAAGACAGACAACACACAGACACUGAUGCCCGUGUUUGUGUUCCACCCAACUGCAUCAAAGGGGGUUGCACCAGUUUUACACUGAUGGUGGGAAAUCCCUGUCCAGCUUUUGUGUACACUUAGUAAUUGGGCUGUCAUCUUACUAUAACAUGUCCUCGUGAAGGAGAUUCUGGGUUACCAAUGCACGUACACGGAGAGGAACGUGGGCUUCUCUUUCAGGGUUCAGAGAUCUCAACUCAUCUACCAAGUGCUAACAGCACCUGAACUUCUUUUUCUUCAUAAUGAAAUGUAGUUCACUGAAGGGAAGCAUCUUAAACUUGGUGGGUUUGGGAUUUGUUUUGCUUGCCUUAACCAUCUGUGCUUCACUGCCAACAAACCACACUGAGCCCAGGAGCAGAGUUUCAGGCUUGGACAUCCAGUUCCUUUCUCAGUUCUCAUGGGGUGGUUAUUCCAUGCCAUAAUCCUCCCUAGAGCUAUGCCUGUCACCGUCUGAGUUCAAUGCUUCCAAAGAAUUUCUCCACAUGUGAGACUGAGAACAGCAUAGAGGGCUGAAGUCGGUAAGGGCAUGAAAUACUCCGAUACAACUGCUGUGAAGGGUAGACAUAGCAGUCAUGAAUUUUCAGUGAGCUAGAUCAGAUUCUGUCACAGUGCAUCUGUGGCUACCCAGCCCUCAAAACCUAGAAGGAUCAGUAGAUACUGUGAAGAUAGUCAUAAUGGUCUCAAUGGUCCUGGAAUUAAAGAGCUAAUGAGACCCCAGGCUAGCUAGAUGCAAACCGUCUUGGUUAUGGCUAUGUUACACUGAAACCGUAUCAGCAGUUAGAAUCCAGUAUGGAUGUGCCAUAAGAUCAUCAAAAUCCUCUUUUUGCAGAUCUCUAAUUCCAGAGGAACCAAGAGGAUGCUUAAAGUUCCCUCAUGUUGCUUUCAUUGAAGCCGUUAUGCCCUGACACCCCAGGAACAAGGUACACAUUGAAAUCUCCAUGAGGUUCUCAGAUGCAAGGACUCUCUCUGUGUUUGGUGCUAGUGCUGCUCUGGUGUGUGCCUUCACACCUGGAUUAGGACUCACACAGAAGAUGCUGGAGAUUCUUCUGUGCCUGGUUCGAAGCAAGGAUUUGACAUAGUGCUAUGUUUCACCGGGUGAGUGGCUAGCUGCAAGGAAGUUUCCAAGUGGUUCUACGCAUGUGAAAUGCUUCCUCUCACUGGUUCAGAUUUUGGAAGCAGUGAUAGUCUGUGAGAGAUUCGAUUCAUCAGGCUGCAAAGUCAUUCGCGCUCUUUAUCUGUCAUGGUAGCUAUUUACACCCAACAAAAUUGGUGGGCUGCACAGGAGCACUGCCCAAUGUUGUUAAUGCAUCCACUGAGGUGCCUAAGGUGUGAACUUGGAUCCCAGGUACCAGACAACCAGAGGAGGAGUUUGAGCACAGACCUGUUGAGCAUAAGUAAUGCACCAUUGCCAGCAACCUUCUUUGUGAGAUGUAGGGAAACCCAUUUUUUUUAGGCAGCCUUGCUUGGGUAGAAGGUCCAUGUCUGUGAGUCCUGAGCAGUGAGACACAUUGUGCAUUUUCCUUCUGCUUUUCACCUUCCUUUUUCUCUCCCUGUGCUUAUAACAUUUGCAGGAUGACCUGCUUUGUAUUUACAGCUUCUCUUCAGUUUAAGACCCGUGCUAAUCUGUGCCAGCUUCAACCAUAGGCCAAAGGCAGCAAGAAUGGGCUUGCCUUUUAGAGACACGACAGGGAAAAAUUCCAGUGGUUAUUCACCCAUGCCACAGGGCCUUCUGCAGCCCAUGAGAUUUACCAUCAGGCUAUUCUUCACUGGAGCCUGAAGAUAGGAUGUGAUCUAAACUGAGGGACUCUUUCAAAAAAUGUUGACUACAUCCUACGUGCAAUUAUUUCAUCACUGAACAUCCAGCCACAUCAUUAUGCUGUCAACGGUGUUUGAGAGGCUAAAUGAAUGUGCUGAAUAUACCUGCUACAACAGGCAUGGCAAUACUAGUGAUACAGGCAGUGCGGAGCUGCCAGCCCAGCUGCGUUGGCCUCGUAUUUCAAGAGAGCAGAGGAGUCAUCGGUUAAAUCAGAGCUUUUCACUCUGGGGAUACGAACAAUGAAGUGAACAAUGGCAUUCAGAUAAGGGCCUCUUUUAACUGGCAUAGUGCAGGAAUUUGGCCCAAUAACUUCCUAUAGAAUGAAUCAUAGAAUGGUUUAAGUUGGAAGGGACCUUAAAGCUCAUGCGGUUCCUCCCCUGCUGCCACAGGCAGGGACACCUUCCACUAGAGCAGGUUGCUCCAAGCCCCGUCCAACCUGGCCUUGAACACUGCCAGGGAUGGGGCAGCCACAGCUUCUCUGGGCAACCUGUGCCAGUGCUUCACCACCCUCAUGGUCAAGAACUUGUUCCUAGUAUCUAAACUAAAUCUCUCCUCUGUCAGUUUAAAGCCAUUUCCCCUUGUCCUGCCCAUUUCCCCUUGUCCUGCCCCUACCUGCCCUUGUCAAAAGCCCCUCUCCAGCUUUCUUGUCAGCCCCUUUAGGCACUGGAAGCUGCUCUAAGGUCUCCCUAGAGCCUUCUUGAGGCUGAACAAUCCCAGCUCUCUCAGACUGUCUCCAUAGCAGAGGUGCUCCAGCCCUCGGAGCGUCUUGGUGGCCUCCUCUGGACUUGUUCCAACAGAUCCACAUCUGCUUAUGUUGGGUGGGAGACUUCAUAUGUUGAGUUGCUCCUUUCCUCUGUUUUUCCUCCAACUUAAAACUAGAAUAGAGUUCAGAGACCUCACUGCAGCCCCAAACAACAAUCCCGACUGCAUUGUCCUGAACUCCCAAAGAAUACACAAUGCAGUUCUCAGGACUGCCACUGUUCCUCACAAAGCACCAGCCUGACCCCUUCAACUCUGGUGUAAGGUGGAGUCACUGGAGAAUGACUCCAGUGAAGGCAUCUGCAUUAAUUUACUACAAAAUAAGAUUAAGAGGCAUACCUGGAUGUGGCAGGCUUUUAGAUACGUUUGAGGAUCAUUAAUUUGGACUCCCAAACUCCUUAGAGAAAUCAGGCUAUAUUCUGGCCCGUGUGCACCAAAAUCAGUUAAUGACUCCUGAGGUUCGUCAGCAUUAAACUGGAAUUUACCUUCAGAAUAAUCCCUUUAUCUUCAGCUUGGAACUGUUUACUUCUUUUUUAUACCCAUGAGAGAUCAAACCCCUCCUGUUAAUUAGUCACUAUAUAUUUCAGUGAUUAAACUAUUAAACAAUUAGUAAUAAAUAUGGAAUAAUUAAAAUAUUUUAAAAAAAUUAUUAUCACAAAAUCUAGAGGUACAAGAUUCAAUGCUAACAUUAGACUAUAGAUAUUUCAAUUCAGCAGGGAUCUAUAUUGCUCUGUGGUCCUCUCAUAAGCAAAAAGAAAUGAGAACAUGACCAUGUUUAGACUUCAAAAAAGAGCAGUAAAGAAAUUCUAGGCUGUUGCAGAAUUUCAGGGCAGUAACUUGAAACUAUUUUUUAAAACCAGAAAUCUAUAUACAUCAUUACAGCAGUUAAUCCAAAGAAGCCCAAGAGAGAGAACAUCUGAAUAUUUUAUUUUAUUUUAUUUUAUUUUAUUUUAUUUUAUUUUAUUUUAUUUUAUUUUAUUUUAAUUUCUUUUUAUUUUUCUUUUCAUUUCAUUUCUUUUUUUUUGCCCAGGAAGCAGUUUUGCUUUUCUCAAGGAAGGUAUUUGUUAAUGGAGAAAAAAUGUUUUUUACAUUAACUAAUCAGCAGAUUUAUUUCUUUCCUAAUAUUCCACUUGGUUCCCGUUCAGCUCAGAAGCAAAAAGAGGCAGCGUGGUGUCUGUGUCACAGGGCUAUGCAAGCAAAUGAAUUAAAACCAAAUCUCAGCUCUAGGGAGAGAUGCACCUGCUGGUUAUCAGAGGGCUGCCAGUUUUUAAAAAGCAGAAUGAAGUUCCAAAGAAAGCCCAGGAGUGAAUAUCACUUGGCUCCAUAGCAAGGAUUAAAGGGGCAAGGAUUAAAGGGCUUUGAUGAGGUUAUUUUGUCUCCGUUUCUUCCACCUUCACCACAGUGUUUAAACAAGAUAAAACCCAGCAGGUUUUCAGACUAAAAGCAACUCUCUCAAACUUCAAAAUGCCAGUGCGUGUCUUUGUGAAGCUUAUUUUAUUCUGUUUGCGCAAGUUCAACUUGGUUUGAUAAAUGGUCUAUGGAAAUAUAUGUUGGGUCAGAAGCAAGGAGGCUGAGAAGCAAUGUUUAAUCAUAGAAUCACAGACUGCUUUGGGUUGGAAGGGACCUUAAAGCUCCUCUAGUUCCAACCCCCCUGCCAUGAAUAGGGACACCUUCCACCUGACCAGGUUGCUCAAAGCCCCGUCCAGCCUGACCCUGAACACUGCCAGCGAUGAUCUGUGGAAGAUGAACCUAAAUUUAACGCCAAAGCCCAUGUAAAACAUGCUUUCUCCUCUCCACGUCCCAGACCCUCUGCUUUCACAUAGGGCAUUCAGCCUAAGAAAGGAUCUUGACUGGGGUGUUGGCACAGCCCAGGAACAGCCUUGUGCAUCCUCCUGAGGCAUCUCUGCACCAAUGAAUGUGCCAUAGUCUUGGAGACAAGGACUGCAGUCCUGGGGUCCCGGACUUGCACUGCAACUUUGCACUUUCCACACCCCGAUGCUUAUGGGGGCAAGGACCAUAUGCUUCUUGAUUGUAGACAACCCUUGAAGAGCAAGAGACCAAACUCUUGACCUCAUAUAUACUCAUAUUAAUCUGGAAUGACUCUGCUGCUAUCAUUCUGAAACCAAACUGUUGUAAUAGGGAAAAUAAUUAAGUCCGAGACUGGUAUGUGGAGUCAGAUGUCCCAAAAGCAGAGAUUUCAAUCCAUUUUCUUUCAGUCAGUCAACUUUUCACCCCACCUCCAAACCCAGCAUUUACAUACCAGUCUGAUGAGGUAUAAUUACAAUGACUGAUCUUGUUAUUUCCCCUGGAGACCUGUCUAGUUGUAAACUACGGCUUUUACGAAUUAGGAUCUUUCCAGGCCCGUGGAUCAUCUCUUCCAACUCCUACUGCCUGAACAUCCUAACUCCUUGUUUGCUUGCAUGGUAUUGCGCUGUAUACUGAAGAACUCUUGAGUUUGAAAUCCUGGUUAUUUCUAGCAUACUGUGAAAUCACAGGGAAAAAGACAAACAUUGGGACUGGAAACUUCGUGACAGGUCUGUACAGAAAACAACAUCGAUUUGGGUACUGAGGGCCAUGCCUUUAGGACACAUGAAUUGGCAUCAGCAGAGCACUAGUGUUUUAUACCCCGGUUUUGUGGAUAUUGUAAAUUUGUACAUAGAGGAAAUCUGAAUAGGAUAUAAAAAAGAAAAAAAUUUUGAUACUUUGAUAAUGAUAAGCUCAAAAAGGCACUUUUGAAUUCAAAGGCGCAUUUUUCAGACUCUGUUUCAGACACCUCAAGUUGUUGUUCAGUAGCUGGUGCCAACUGACUUCUCUCACUGAAACUAAGCACCUCUGCUCUGCCCUCCUGUAAAUAGGCUUUGACAGCAAAGAGUGAGGAAAACUGGCUGUGAACAGAGAAUCACUGUCUCUGUGGACUUUUAUGUACCAAGGUGCUUGUGAUGUAUUCUUCAUGCCAGUGAGAGCAGGCCUGCUUGCUCAGCACAGGUGAAAUUUCUGCCUUGUUUCAUGGCCUUUUGACCAAUGUUAUUUAUUUGGUUCUGAAUCUGUACAUAUGCAAUGAACUGGCUAUUUUUUUCUUUGUACUUGGUUCAUCUCCUUGCUUCAGAGGAAGUUCUCCUCUGUGGUUGACACUGCUGAAAACAAGCAAUAAAACCAUCAUGAAGACAUUGUGUCUAAGAUGUUA